ACAUUCCAGGAGUUCAGGAUCAGUCUCCGAGAGAAGUUGCCGUCGUUCCAGAAUUCAAAGCACAAGUAGUAUGGCAGAACGUGGCAGUCUUCAUCUUCCUCCACUCUUGCAUGUUCUACGGCAUGUACGUCGCAGUCUUCCAUGCAAUGUGGAGAACAUGGUUGUUUGCGUUCGUUCUCGGACAAUUCGCGGGUCUCGGUGUGACAGCCGGAGCUCAUCGCCUCUGGUCUCACAGAUCGUAUAAGGCAAGGUUGCCGCUUCGGAUUGUUCUGAUGCUCUUCAACUGUCUCGCCUGUCAGAACGAUCUUUACGAAUGGACGAGAGACCACAGAGUACAUCACAAAUACUCGGAGACCGAUGCCGAUCCCCAUAACGUCAACCGAGGCUUCUUCUUCGCCCAUGUCGGCUGGUUGAUGUGCAAAAAGCAUCCAGAGGUGUUCCGCAGAGGAAAGUCCGUCGACUGUUCCGAUCUUCUGCAAGACCCAGUGAUCCGAUUUCAAAGAAAAUUCUACCUGCCUUUGACCGGCAUUCUGUGCUUCUAUUUGCCCUCCGUGCUGCCUCAUUACAUGUUCGGAGAAGGCUACGCGAAUGGAUUCUUCGUGGCUGCUAUGACUCGAUACGUUUUCUCCUUGAACUUCACGUGGCUGGUCAACAGCGCUGCUCACAUGUGGGGAAACAAGCCCUACGACAAGAACAUCUCACCAGUCGAGAACGCGUUCGUGUCUUUCGUCGCCAUUGGUGAAGGCUUCCACAACUACCAUCACACAUUCCCAUGGGACUACCGAACUUCCGAACUCGGCUGGAAAAUCAACCUGACUUCAAUCUUCAUCGAGUUCAUGGCCUACAUCGGACAAGCUUACGACCUGAAAACUGUCCCCGACCAUGUCGUUAAGAAACGCAUGAUCAGAACCGGCGACGGGACCAAAGAUUGUUUCGACAGCAUUGAAAACAGACAAGCGCACAGCGAUCAUGCGCAUGCGCAUCCCGAAGAAGUACCGUAUGAGGAAGUUUUCCCACACAGAGAGUGA